AUGGCGGCAUCAGCCUCGAUAUCAAAAACUAUAUACUACGGCGCAUUCGUGCACAGCGUGUCACUCGCUGAUCUGGAAGUCUGUCCCAAAGGCGCCCUCGGGGUCGACGAAGCGGGUGUGAUCAAGUUCGUAGAAAGAGACGCCGCAGACUUGGAGAAGAUCAAAGCGAAGCAUGGAGGAGAAUGGAAGGAAGCCAGCGUCGUGAGAGUCGACGACGGAUUCUUCUUCCCCGGCUUCAUCGACACGCACACCCACGCGCCACAACACCCCAACACCGGCCUCUUCGGCAAGACCACACUCCUCGACUGGCUCGAAACCUACACCUUCCCGCUGGAGUCUUCCUUCUCCGACCUGCAGAAAGCUCAGCGCAUCUACUCGAACUUCGUGUCCCGCACGCUCUCCCACGGCACCACCACAUGCGCCUACUACGCUACCAACCACGUGCCUGCUACCAAUCUGCUGGCGGACAUCUGCUUGAAGCGCGGGCAGCGCGCUCUCGUCGGCCGCGUGUGCAUGAACACGAUGAGUCCGGAGUAUUAUAGAGACGCGAGCGUUGACGCCGCCGUAGCCGCUUCGCAAGAAUCAAUCGACUACAUCCGCAGCAUAGAUCCCGCCGGAGACAUCGUCAAGCCGAUCAUCACGCCGCGCUUCGCACCCUCCUGCACAGCCGACUGCCUCUCCGCCCUCGGGAACCUCGCACAGCAAACAGACGCCCACGUGCAAACGCACGUCUCGGAGAACACAUCCGAGAUCGCGCUGGUGCAGGACCUCUUCCCCACCUCGAAAUCCUACACCGACGUCUACGACACCGCCAACCUGCUCACGCCCAAGACCAUCCUCGCGCACGCCGUGCACCUCAGCCCGGCCGAGCGCCAGACGAUCAAAGCCCGCGGCGCGAAGAUCAGCCACUGCCCGGCCUCCAACACCGCGCUGACGAGCGGCUGCUGCCCCGUACGCGAGCUGCUCAACGCGGGCCUGACGGUCGGCCUGGGCACCGACGUGUCGGGCGGCUUCUCGCCGUCCAUCCUCGAGGAGGUGCGCCAGGCGAUCUGGGUCUCGCGCUUCGUCGCCAUGCAGUCGCCCUCCGCGGCCGCGACCGACAACGCCGCGAAGCUGUCUACGGCGGAGGCGCUGUACCUCGCCACGCGGGGCGGAGCCGCGGUCGUGGGCUUAGAGGACAGAGUCGGCGGGUUCGAAGUCGGCAAGGACUUCGAUGCGCAGAUGAUACGGCUUGGUAGCGCGCCGGAGGGAGGCGAGCAGAACGGGACGUUCGAGCUGGCUGGUGGGCCGGUCGACGUGUUUGGCUGGGAGACGCUGGAGGAGAAGGUAGAGAAGUGGGUGUAUAGCGGGGAUGAUCGGAACUGUGCUGCUGUUUGGGUGAAGGGACGCUUGGUGCAUAGGACGGGGAGAUAUGAGGUGUAA